AGAGGACAGACCCUUGAGUAGGAGGCUCCGGUCUGACUGUCAUCUGAGUGAGAACUAACGCUGUUGCAGUUGACCUUCAAAAACAGCAGCUCAUUGACACAGGGGUUGGUGGGAUCUGGGAAGACGUUACCCCAAUAAUCUACAUCCUUCAGGGCCCAACAUCUAAAAUCAGAUUUGAUUUCGUCUUUUGAGCUCUUUCCAUUGCUCUGUUAUACCAACUUUUCACAAGUUUGAAAGAAUGGAAGUUCAAGGUGAAAAAACACUCAGCUGUGGGACAAUUUGUCUGAAAUAUCUACUUUUUCUCUUUAACAUUCUUUUUUGGCUGGCAGGAGGGGCUGUGAUGGCAGUGGGAGUGUGGACUCUGAUAGAAAAGAGCGACUACAUCAGCUUACUGAACUCCAGCUUCUACUCAGCCUCAGCUUAUAUUCUGAUAGCUGCGGGGCUCAUUGUGAUAGUGACCGGGAUCAUCGGAUGUUGUGCUACUCUGAAGGAGAAGAAGAGUAUUUUGAUUGUGUAUUUGGUCUUGUUGCUCUGUAUUUUCCUGCUGGAAAUCAUUGCUGGUGUGCUGGCUUACAUUACCUACCAAGAGUGUUUCCCUUUCUGCUACCAGCUGGAUGAGGAGCUCAGACAAAACCUGAAGGUGACCAUGCAGCAAAAAUAUCAGCAGCCAGGGGAGGAGAGCAUCACGCAGGCUGUGGAUAAACUUCAGCAGGAGUUUAAGUGUUGUGGCAGUCACAACUCCUCAGACUGGAGAGCCUGUGUGUGGAUCCAGGCAGCAGAGAACGAGCGGCUUGUUCCUGAUAGCUGCUGUAAAAGUCCCAGUGACCUCUGUGGCCGCAGGGACCAUCCCUCCAACAUCUACAAGGUGGAGGGAGGCUGCAUUAUGAAGCUGGAGGAGUUCAUCCUGAGACAGUUGUAUAUUCUCGGUGCAGUAGGCAUUGGGAUUGCAUUUCUACAGCUUGUGGGGAUGAUGUUUACAUGCUGCCUUUAUCAAAAUUUGAAUGAAGAUCCGUACUGAUUUUUUGAUUUAUUUGUUUGAAAAUGUGUCACAUCAUGAAUUGUAGAAAGUUUGGUUAGGUUUUUUUAAAGGCCCAAUCAUUCACACAGUUGUGGAUGCUGUGAAGUUGUCAACUCAAAUUAUGACAUGAUGAUUAUCAAAAUACACACUAGACACACUAGAGCUGCUGUAAUGCUGCUGGGCAGCAAUGUGCUUUUUCUACAAAAUGCCAUAUCAUUCUUUAAAUAACUUCCCUUUUAUGUUAAGAUUAUGAUUUGUGGAUGAACUUGUAACCAUAAAACACGUUUUAAAGAGCAGGGAAA